GAAAAAGGCGCGCGCAUGCCCCGAAACCAGAAAUACAAUAUCUCCUCUCUUUCUUCCUUUUGCCCACUCUCGCAUACUUCUGUUGCAUUCUUCCGCGUCUUCGGUCUCUCCCAUAUGCACAAACCGACGCCGCUUCCUUCGCACAUUUCGCCAGCGAGUCAGUCUGCCGAAGUCACGGUGUGUGUCAUAUUAGCGUGCUCUUGGCGUGGAAUAUUUGGGGCUUGUCGCGCCGUGUGAGUCUCAUCCCCCCGGCCGCAUUUCGCAAUCGCGAUCGCCAGGCUAAAGAUAGCUCUGCAAGGACAUCAGGCAAGAAUGUCGGUGGAAAAGGUGGUGAUUGAGCGGAAAAUCACCCUUGUGAGUGGUGUGGCGAUUAUCGUGGGCACAAUCAUCGGCUCUGGCAUCUUCAUAUCGCCGACCGGAGUGUUUGUUUAUGCUGAAUCAAUCGGAGCGUCUCUGCUCAUUUGGGCACUCAGUGGCUUCGUGUCGGCCCUGGGCGCGCUGUGCUAUGCCGAAUUGGGCACCCUUAUCACCCGAUCUGGCGGCGACUACGCAUACUUGCUGGUGGCCUUUGGGCCGCUCGCCGCCUUCCUCUGCCUCUGGAUCACGCUGGUGAUCGGCCGACCCACGAUCCUGGCCAUCUCGGCCAUCACCUUCUCCACCUACGCCAUCAAGCCCUUCUUCCCCGACUGCGAGCCGCCGGACGACGCCGUGCGCCUCCUGGCCGCGCUCUGUCUCUGCUUCAUCACCGCCGUGAACUGCAUCUCCGUGAAUUGGGCUCUGCGCGUGCAGAACAUCUUCACGGCGGCCAAGCUCUUCGCUCUGGCAGUGAUUAUCGCCUUCGGGCUCUACUCCAUGGCCACCGAGGGGGUGGACAACUUCGAGGACAUGUGGACAGGCUCCUACAGCGUGCAAUCAAUCAGCUUGGCGGCCUAUUCCGGCCUCUACUCAUUCGGCGGAUGGAAUAUUCUCAACAUGGUGACGGAGGAGCUCCAGGAUCCUUAUCGAAACCUCCCGCGAGCCAUCUGGAUCGCCGUGCCAAUUGUAACAAUUGUCUACGUCCUCGUGAACGCGGCCUACUUUGUCGUGCUCACGAAGCAAGAAAUUCUCAGCUCGCUCGCGACGGCCGUGCUGUUCGGCAACAAGAUGUUCGCCUCCGUGGCCUGGAUAAUUCCCAUCUUCGUGGCUCUGAGCACCUUCGGGAGCAUCAAUGGGGUCAUCCUCACGUCGGCUCGUUUGUACGCCAUCGGCGCAGAAGAGCACCACUUGCCAUCGAUUUUUGCGCUGGUGCACAUCAGCAAGAAAUCGCCCGUGCCGUCGCUCAUCAUCUCCUGCCUCCUGGCCCUGAUAAUGCUCUUCUGGCGGGACAUCUUCUUCCUCAUCAACAUCUCCAGCAAUGCCUAUUGGCUGUGCAUCACGGCGUGCAUCGCGGCGCUGUUCUGGCUGCGCAGAACACAACCAUCCAUGCACCGUCCAAUCCGCGUGAAUCUGGCCAUUCCCAUCGUCUUCUUCGCCUUCUGCUGCUUCCUCGUCUUCAUUCCGCUCGUCACGGAGUUCUGGGACUUCCUCCUCGGCAUCGCACUCAUCCUCUCGGGCAUCCCCAUCUACUAUCUCUGCAUCUUUUGGCAGCAGAAGCCACAGUGGCUCACCAAGGCGAGCAAAAUGGUGGAGAGACUGUCGCAGAUCCUCUUCGUCACGGCCUUUCCUGACAAAGAGGAGUGAAUCACAUGUUUAGGGACACACUUGCAAACGAAUACUGGGACCUGAAUCCGGGACUUAAAGGUACUCCUUUCGCCCUUGAAUAUUUCUCUCAAACUUGUGUCUUUUUUUACAUUUUAGAAAUUUUAUUGGCCAAAACUUUAUUUCUUUUUCUGUUACAAUCAAUGCCUUAAAGUAUUUUUUCACUAGGAUUGGAUACUUGUCUUUUCUUUUUUUUUGGGGAUUAUAUAUUAAAUAAAUAUACACGCAAUUUCUUUUUAUCGACGAUACUCUUUACAAAUAAAUACACUUUUUUUAAAAAUACAAUUCUGAAAGAAAGAAAGAAAAAAAAUCUAUUGCCACGAUAAAGAGUUGAUGCGCAUUCGCAAAUAGUAAACUCUGGGAGUCAAAUCGCAUACGAAUUCUUCACUAUUAUUAUUUUUUUUGUAUAUAUUGCAAUUUGUAAAUGGCAACAAUGAAUUUCUGAAUACACUAU